CAGACUUGACAGAGCAACUGCUGUAUAAAACCUCCAUUUCACAGUCCUGCCAACACAACUUCACCUUUUUGCUGGCAUCAUGCUCAGUCUGCAAAAAAUCCUGCUCCUCCAUGUUCUGGCAUGUGUCGGACGACUCGCACAUGGAAGUCACAUCAUAGAUGGUAAAAAAGCCCCAGAGAACUCGAUGCAGUACAUGGCCUCUGUGCAGGACUACAACGGUCACCAUGUUUGUGGAGGAUUUCUCAUCACUGAAGACUUUGUAGUCUCGGCUGCACACUGUGAUGACUCGAGCCUCACAUACGUGGUUCUCGGCAACCACAAUCUCAAGAACGGCAAUCAUCAAAAAAUAAAGAUUGAAAACAAAAUCAUCCAUGAAAAUUAUCAACACGUUGGACUGGGUAAUGACAUCAUGCUGAUUAAAGUAAGUACAUGUUCAUGUUCACAACAGUUUCAUCACAUGAUGUAUUUGUG